UUUCACUUUCACUUCCAACUAACUUUCAAAAUGACUAUAAUUUUUGCAAAAAUCCUUUUGAUAGUAUGCAUUGUUUUGAUUUACUUGGCUUCGCGUCUACUGGUCUACGAUAUUUUCACUAAUUGGAAGGACAAUAACUCUGCAAAAGUAAACGUUAAAAGCAAGGUCCGCCAACAAGGAGACUAUUGGGUGUGGAACAAUUUUGAAAUAUCCAUAUCCAUAUCCUGAAAUCCAUGAAUUGGAAAAACCUCCGUGAUCGGAAAAAGUGUAGGUUGGAUCCUACCUUUCAUAACACAUCCUGGAAUGACACUUAUUGGCAUCGAAGAAGGCUGAAGUACCCCACGAAUUUACUCCGUAACGUAGUUCGACUUAAUUUAUUCACAUACUAUGUGCUCUCAGUCGAUAUUCAGAUGUUACCCACAAAGAAUUUUCCCAAGAAGUUCUUGCAAUUUGUCUGGAACCACGAUACCUGGCGAUAUGCUGUUGUACCAGACCCGUAUACAACGAUCUUCUGCCUACCAGAGUUUCCUAUCAAUAUAUGGAAGUCGGUUCCCCCAGACAAGCUCGGGCUUAUAAAAGUUUCCAGGGACACAUGGCUUCCACGGAGAAAGAAGAGAUGGCUGGAUGCUUCAAAGCCACCAGCUGAGAUAUUUAUCUACAAGCGAUCCAAAAAGAAGCACUUUUGUGUGGCUUAUGUGAGCAUCAAUGAAUUGGAACCUUUCUACGACGAACAGGAUGAAAGUGAUUCCCUCAUUCAACGAAGCAAAAACUUAAAAGUCAACUUUACAAUAAUGAUAUAGACCUUCCCUUACUUAGAAGUUUAAGAUCUAUCAUUUAUUUAACAC